CGGUCUUGUGUCUGCUUUAGGUGCAAACCCUGAACCAUGUGCAGCGGCACACCCAUCCCAUGCUCAGAGCUAAUUGGGCUUGAGGCGGAACUCUGCGGAGCUCAUCGCUUCGGGGUCAUCGCUUCCCCCCCAAAGACUUGUUAAAGCAUCCAGAAUGGCCAGCAAGAAAGAACCUCCUUUCUUCAAUGAGGACAACGUGGGGCCGUUCUACUGCAAACUUCCUUACUGUGAGACGAUGGAGCUCUUCAUUGAAACCCUUGCAGGAACGUGCUUUGAGCUGCAGGUAUCUCCUUUGGAAACGGUUGUCUCUGUGAAAGCAAAAAUCCAGCGAUUGGAAGGUAUCCCAGUAUCUCAGCAGCACUUAAUCUGGAAUAAUGUGGAGCUGGAGGAUGAUUAUUGCUUGAACGACUACAACAUUGCAGAAGGUUGUACUUUGAAGUUGAUCUUGGCUAUGCGAGGAGGACCUAUUAAUACUAGAAGAGUUCCUGUGGAAGACCCAGUGAGGGAAAUGACAGACUACAUGGAUCCCAGUCACGACGAGGUCUGGGAGAAGGGUCCAUGCAAUAAACAGAUCGCCUUCUUGAUAUUGCGGGAAGGAGACCAGGUGAAUUUCUUCCGUGUUAUAGACAGGGGAGAUGGAACGAUAACUCCAUUAUCCGAAUCGUUAAGUGGUGGUUCAAUUUAUAACUUGCACCCCGACGACGACGACGAUGCGGAGGCUUCUCCCUCUGGCCAGCAGAUUAUUGAGAACUCUAUUACCAUGAAUAAAAUGAAGCUGCUCAGGGCCAAGAUGGAGAGCCUGAAUCUCAGCAAAAAGCCUAAGAAGCUCGUCAAAGUGUUUCCCCACCCCCCAGCAGCUCCUCGUCCGGCCAGCGGAUCCGUUGCGGCUGCUCGUCAUCGUUUUUUCCAGGCCCUCCCUCAGAUCGGGCAGCCAUGCUUACCGCCUCCGGGCAAUUCAUUUCCCUCCGAAUUGCCUCCAAAAGCACUUAACGUUUUGGGCACGGCUGGCAGGAGGGUGCCCGCCAUCGCCAGUGACUUCUUUAAGGGAAACGAGAAAUGGGAGGCCCUUUCCCAGCCUCAGCCGGUCGGCACCCUGAGGCCGACGCCGAAAGCUUCACAUGUGGAAAAAGAAGCUGCUAAAUUUCCUACAGACAGCACGGGGUCGGUCCGAGCGCCGCUGCCAAGUUCUGAAAAAAGCACUGAAAACAGACGAACAGAGAGUGGGAGAGGUCAUGGGAUUUGCCUCAGUCUUAGCCACGCGGAUUCACACGCCGCAGAAGAAAAGCCAGAUUCGAUGCCAAACAAAGAUGCCGCGGCAUCAACGGAAUCAAGCGCUGCUGAGCCGUGCAAGGAACUAUUUGCAGGAAAGGUGAACCCAGGGCUGAUGGGGACGUCUGCUGGGGAUGAAGACGGGAACACUGCAGAACUUCCCGGCAAGCCCAAUACAGAACUUUUGACCACUGGCCCAGCAGAGGCUUGUAUCCCGAACUUUCAUGAAUUAAGUUCUCAGAAGAACACUUGCCUGUCACCUCUUCAGUGCUCAGCCCAAGCGACCCGUUGCAGUCCUCCAAAACCUCCACUCCCGUCCCGGUCCUUUGAAGCUGGGAACUUCCGGUCCGCUGCUCCUCCGAUUGUGUUACGGUCGCUGGAGGUGCACGGUCUAGCAGACGCCUCUUACGCCAGGAGUCCCAGGUACCACGGCAUCCGAAUAGACUCGCCCGGGAAAAGACCUGAGAUCCAUUCGAAAACAGAGGCCGGAGAGGUGGCGAUCAAAGCAUCCAAAGAACCCGUCAUUUCCGUGAACAAUGCAGGGUUUCUGGCUUCACUGACCCGAAGCGCAAACAGGGACGGCUUGCCGAAUUCCUGCGGCGCGAGUCGGUUUCGGACUUCUGGUAUCGCGCUAACGACUAACUUCCAGCAUUUUCAGGAUGAGAGUUUCAGAAUGGCCACUCCUCACAAUGACAUGCCUGGAUAUUUUUUAUCUCCUGGGCUUGGACUGAAUGGAAAUAUUAUGACUGCAGGGAAAAGAAUAGGUGAUGUGGCCCACCUCCCCCCUGUGAACAACAGUUCAGCUCAGGCGAAAAAGAAACUCGCCAAGCACUGCUGCUUCUGUGGGAAGAAGACGGGAUUAGCAACCAGCUUUGAAUGUAGAUGCGGAAAUAACUUCUGUGCAACUCACCGCUAUGCAGAGACUCACUCCUGUACUUACGACUACAAGAACGCAGGGCGGCGGUACUUGCAGGAGUCAAAUCCGGUGGUCAGCGCUCCCAAACUUCCUAAAAUCUAAGCCUGGUGUCGUGGCACGUAUCCAGAAUCCUGUGGCGCGGAGAGAAGCGGCAGCGGCCUGGGCCUCUUUCCUUGGGGUGUGCUUUCAAUAUAAGAGUUGCCAAGUAACGCCCCCCCCCCCCAGGCUAUGGGCGAUUGAAGAAGUACGCAGACCUACGACUGUCGCUGGCAUCUUUAAUCUCGAGCGAAUUGAAAGUUUGAAAUGUAGUUUUUAAAAAUGCACAUUCUGAUUUAACCGUGUUACGUAUGUCUUGUCUUAAGCAUUUUUAUAUUUGGAGAAGCUCUUUCACUAGACAAGUCUUUUAAAAGAUGCACUUUACUGGAAGUUUUAAUAUAUAUUUUGUAUCCAGACUUGAGGAGGGUCUGUACAGAGGACAUCAGGUCCUCCGUGUUCUACCAUGCUUUUUUGUCCACCGUGUGGUAUCUUAAAUUAUUUCAGCAAGAAGUUCUUUCUGUUGAAUCUGACUUUCAGGGCUAAGGGAGUCUUUUGUGUUUGCUGCAUUGGGUUCCUCACACCUUGGCAGCCCCAUAUGGUGUGUCCAUUCUGGAAAGAUCAUAUCCUACAAUUUCUUACGCAGACAAAUUUUUUUUUUUAGCAAACAAACUCCCCUUGAUGCCAUUAAAUAGAAGAUGCAACUUAUUUUCUCUUUCCGAAGCCUGUUUUGAAAGGCUUUACAGUCUGGUUUGUUAGAAGUGUUGACUGCUGUUAUGAGAGAAACAAAAAAUCAAAUAAAUAUCACAUUUUCACGCCUUUUUAAAA